AGAAGAAAAGAGGAGUAGGAAGCGGGAAGUAAGUAGAAAGCGCGAAAGACCGGGGUGAGAAGUAAUAUCAUUUGCAUUCUUUUUCUUUCCCGAUAUACUUCUUUUUUACAAGUGUCUUUUUUUAUUUGUUUCGUUCAUAUAUUUAUGUAUUUCUUGUGAAAAAUAAUCGUUCUUCUACUAUUUUCUGUAGAAUAUAGAAAGUAGAAACCCUCGGUCGAUGUCAGAAUCCCUUGUUCUUGCUCGUUUCUCCCCACUCUCGCUUUAACUGAUUCGAGCGACCUCUCUCUCUGUAUCUCUCCCUUAUGGUUAGGGCGUAUCGGGGUAAACCAGUAUCUCGAUAGGAGUUGAAAGAGAGGGGUGCAGUUGCCACUGCGGGGGAUUCUGUCGUAUCAGUCGUUUCUGUCACUUUAGCAACGUCCCUAUUUUAUCUCUCCGUGCAUCAAUUCUCGCCGGAGUCAAGUUCGCCUGUGCAACGUGCAUGCCGGGCGCGUGUACGCGCGUACCAACCCCCGAGAUCCGCGUACGCGUUAUAUGGAGUUUUCGCUCCUAUAUUUCGCCCCGUAUCUUGACAUGCAAGCGUAAUGAUAAAGAUGAUAUAUCGCAUCGAUGUCGUCCUCGUGCCACGAUUAUCAAUAAGCAAUUUGCCUUAUGCCCCUAUAAGAUCAAUAAGCAGAUUGCUCGACACGAGCCUGAACCGAGUAUCGCGAUCCGGAUAGAUUCCGCGUUUGGUGACUGUGUUUGUCGUUUUCGCGCAACCAUCGAUUUUCCUACGAUUCGUCCUGACCAUUCCUUGCUACUUUUCUCAAUUUGCUAAAUGUGCAAACUUGGAGAGCCACGAUCCAUCGUGGCGUAAAGUGUGCGGCAUAAAGUUGGUGCACCGAAAGAAGGGUGAAGUGUGCGAAACAGCUGGCCGGGCGGUUGAGCUACGACAGUAUCGUAUUGUUUAGUUUAUCGUUCGUAUUCCUGCGAACUUAACGAAACGUUAAAUAAGAUUCGGGUGUUGAACUCGACCUACGCGUUCAAGAUGAUGUUCAGGAGCAAUUUUUCAUAUUCUUCCUAUGCGUGGAACAGAGAUUGACGAUAUGGAUGCAGUAUGGCUUCGGUAUUCUGGCAGGCUUCAGGGAAUAAUUUCAUUUCUUCCGCUUUUAUCUUGUUCUUGCUACUCUGUCCUCGUAGCAGUACAGAAUGCGAUCAGAAGUUUAUAAGCACACCGGAUGGUGCAUUAAACGGAACUUUUCAUGCACCGACGUUGAUUAAUCCCGAAGGGGAUUCUCGGCAAUGCGUGUACACGUUUUUCGCUGGGCCGAGGCAACGGGUAGAAUUGGUUUUCACCUCGUUUGGCCUUCGAGGGGCGCCACCAGAUGGCGCCGCCGUCGGAGAAAUACCUGCUUGCGUCCACGAAUACAUCGACUUGUACAUGGAAGUUAGAUCCGAGAACACAAGCAAGUUGGUGGAUACGCCUUUCGGAGGACGUUACUGCGGUCCAAUUCCACCUCGCAGGCGGAUUUCCCUAUACCAGGGAAUCGCCCUUAGUUUCUACACCGAUAAAAAUAUCACGUUACCCAGCCUCUUUAGCGGUACUUACGCGUUUGUCAAUGCAUCGGAAUACGAAGUAGGAACGCCAGCUCCUAGCACGCCGUGUUCUUUCACGGUAAAUUCGGAAAACAAGCGUAACGGCAACAUAUUAUCUCCCACGUAUCCGGGCACUUAUCCGAAGGGACUGGUGUGUAGCUAUAAGUUUAUCGGGAAAGACAGCCAACGAGUACGCUUGGAGUUUCGAGACUUUGAUUUGUUCUUUGGAGGUCCACACUGUCCGUUGGAUUACGUUAAAGUGUACGAUGGUUUGGACAAUAGCUCCGCUGUUAUUGGAACUUAUUGCGGUCAACAACGAAACUUGGUAUUAUACUCUUCGGAGUCUAGUUUAUACGUACUCUUUUCUACUCUUCAACGUACAGCAAACACGCAAAAUCGAGGAUUCAAAGGUAUCUUUGAAUUCUCCGAAAGUUUCGUCAAGUUAGACUUCAUAACCGCUUAUAAGGGUGAGCAUAUUCGAGGAUCGGAAUGCGACCAAAAAAUUUUAAGCAGAAAGGAGUCUUCUGGAUACGUCGUUAGCCCAAACUUUCCGUAUCCGUACAUACCGAAGGUGGUGUGUCGGUAUUUUGUAUAUGGAAUGCAAGACUCGCAACAUCUCGAGCGCGUUCGAUUAGAGUUCAUAACAUUUAAAAUACCAAAAAAUAAAACAAUAGGAGAUUCAUCGUGUACAGAUGGUUACUUGAAGUUGUAUUUAAAAGGACAAGAGGCGACCGAUUCAUACGAUAAAUUCGAUUAUGAAUUAUGCGGUUUGAAGAGCAAUCCGAGCCACGUAGUUAGCGAUGGUCCGAGACUUGUGAUGGUAUUUAGCAGCGGAGAAUCUCAAGGACAAGGUUUUAAAGCACGGUACAAUUUCGAAACGGAGUACAAGAUACCAGGUACCGCGGCUCCAGACGGUAGCUGCACGUUUACGUACCGCAGUUCCUCGCGUAAAAAGGGAGACUUUAAUUCUCCGCGGCAUCCCAGUAAUUAUCCAAGCGACACAAAUUGUACUUACUUUUUUUUAGCAACGCCGAACGAACAAGUUACCUUGAUAUUCGAUUACUUUAAAGUUAGAACGAAAAAUAUAAACAUGACUGUCGGCCGCUAUGGACUGAUUGCCUGUCAAGACGAUUGGUUAGAAAUUUACAAUAUGUAUCGGGACGAUACAGAAAAAUUAAUAGGCAGAUAUUGCGGUAAUACAUCGCCAGGACCCGUAGAAUCGAAUCUCGGUGCACUUGGCUUAAAGGUGAUCCUUCAUUCGGAUUCCGAGCUCGUUUACAGCGGCUUCAAAGCGCGUUACACUUUCGAAGUGGCCAAACCUAUUUUCGGAGAUUGCGGCUCGAAUAUAAGUAGCGUAAAUUACGGAAUCAUUGCCAGUCCAAAUUUUCCGAACAAGUACGAUGGGCCUGCAAGAAAUUUUGCUAGCAAAACUUGUAACUGGUUUAUAAGAGUUCGAGCGAACCAUCAAAUACUGUUAAACUUUGAACUAUUUUCAGUAGAGGGUGAUCAGUCAGUUCGUGGCUGUCCAGCUGCGGUGUUACGUAUGUGGUAUUCUGUAUUGACAACGCCGGUCGAAUUGUGCGGCGUGAAGACACCCGACAUUAAAUGGACCUACUUGUCCGAGGAUAAUAAUAUGCGCCUUAGCUUUAUCUUGGCCGACAAAGCGGUAGGGCAACAAGGGUUCAGAGCUACGUGGACCGAAGUCAGUACAAACGGCAGCUGCCAGGAUCAGUUUUUGUGCAGCAUAAGUAAAUACUGCAUUGCCGAAUCACUUCGGUGUAAUAACAUUUAUAAUUGUGGCCCGGCUGAUACUUCGGACGAGGAAAACUGUGGUACAGUUGUACAGACGUAUAAUUAUGCUGUUCCUGCGAGUUAUGCCGUUGGUACGGUUUUGGUAGCAGUGAUCGUUUGCCUGUUUUAUCAUCGAAAAUUAAAGAAACGAGUUCAGGCUGACCAUCUCGAUCAACUACGGCAGCGAAUGGAUGAAAAGAAUCAUCGUUAUCAUAACGAGAAUUUACUUCAACAUCAUUUAAUUCAACAGCAUAAUCAUCAGUAUCAUAGUCAUUAUCAUCAUCAGCAUCAUCACAACCAUAAUCAGCAGCACCAGCAGCAACAGCACUAUCAAGACUCAACGAAUGAUUUCGAUAUAAGAUAUCAACUGGAAUCAUCGGUUAGUCUUGCGAGCGAAAGCGAAGCCGAAGAAGCUAGCAGUCUCAACAGCGUGUGACAUUGCGUGACGUUUUGUUCAAACUUAACGACCAUCGAUCAUCGAUCAGUUUCUUCCGUUCGCGUUCUAUCAUUCUUCUAUACGUAAUAAUUCGACUCUUCGAUUCCAUAAUCGAACAAUUGUAGCUCGAUCGGCCGACAAAUUUUCUUUACCUAAUUCAUUGCAUCGAAGCCGUCUUUGGUUUACUUCGACUUGUGCCGACUUACUUCGAUUUUGGACGAAAACAAAAUUCAUCGUUGUGGUUCAUAGAGAAACUUGUGUUCCAAUAAUAUAAACUGUACGGAUUCUAUCAAACUAUUCGUACGUAAUCGAAUGUACGAAAAACAAUUUUCAUUUUGUAAAACGUACAUACGUUAAACACAACUGGCAUCUUAGCCAAGUCCUAAGGUUUUUAACAAAGUUGAUGUGCGGCGCGUUUAACGAACUCUGUUUUUUCUGUAAAUUCGUGCGCACUAGGGAUUUGCGGGUACCCGAUAAUACGGAUUGGGCGGGCUCGGGCGGAUGUCCGAUACAUGUGUGCAGUCGGGUAGCCCGACUAUUUCGGAUCAGGUCGGAUAAAGUCGGGUAUAUUUGGACGAGCUCCCGCGGUCCGCGACCCAACUCUCAUGUAUUUGUUAAUGCUUGGAAUAAGCAUGUUCAAAAUCUAGUUUGUAUAGAAUGAACAUACAGGUGACAUGGAAUGAAAUUCAUUUGAAAUAAAUUCGUUACAAGCAUUAUAUUUCACAUAAAAAUUAUCUUAUUCCAAAAUUCCACAUAAAACAGAUUUUGCACAUGCUUAUUGUAAGUAUUAACAAGCACAUACAUAAGAAUUAGGCCGCGGCCCGCGGGAGUUAGUCCGAAUCUGCCCGACUUUAUCCGAUCUGACCCGAAACAGUCGGACACCCGCCCGAGCCCGCCCGAUGUUUUCCGAAGCGACCCGAAUAGUCGGAAACCCGACAUAUUAGUCGGCCCGCACAUCACUAGUGUGCAGGCGUCUAUCAUGUACUAUGUAUAUAGGUACGAUACGUUACCUUUCCGAUAUCGAUACUGAUACCUUUAUGUUUCAAUUCUUUUAUAUGCACACGUAUAACGUACUCAUAUUUGCAAUAUGUCGUAGAUACAUGAUUUAAUAAACGUUGUGCGAAGUGUAAUAGAUCCUUCAGAUCCAAGCAAGAUAAGAUAAUCGGCUAAAAUAAAACGAUGCACUAGGCAGUAAUUUAAGAAUCGGCAAUAACCUGACCACGUAGUAUCAAUUAUUUUGUUAACGGUAAAAAGAAAAAAUGAAACAAUAAGCUUAGCUCGGUUGUAAUUGAACGAUAUUUCGGAAAACUUGUUCCUUCGAAAGAACGCGAAAUAUAUUUUUACGCCAGUUAACUCGCUUCGUUGUUGUUAUUGUUAUUGUCAUUUGUGUAAUUUUAGUAUUUUAUUUGUCAUCUUCGAUAUAAAUUAUUAUACGAAUAUUGUAGUUUUCGAAAUUAGAAUGCUGGAGAAUAUGGCACUAAGGAAAUUUAAGAAAAGUCAAUUCUGUUGGUUUUUUUUUCAAGCUUCUCUUUUUAUUUUACCGAUAAAAUAUUCGAUUUCUUGGAAAAUACAAAUCGUAAAAAUACAAUCAUAAAAGAAUACAGGUCGUUGCGGUUUUAAAGCAAGCGCGUUUAAUCACAAAAACUCUAUCUUCCUUUUCAUUCUUCUAUUAAUUUGACACCGUACAAAUGGAUUGUUACGCUCAGGGUUACAUAUGUAUAUUUUACACGUAUAUAGUGUUAUACUUACUACUGAACUCUGUCGUUGUUCAGUUCUGCUAUAGUGCGUUACGUUGCUUUACAAGCACAGAUAAAAAAUGAAAAAAAAAAAAAAA